ACUAAGAGCUAUGUUUUGGGAUGGACUAAUCUGCUACAGAGCAGUGUGAGGAUCGGAACGCAUUGUGUGAGCGAGUGUGUGGAGGACAGAUAAGGGAAGAAGCCCGGCAGACCGACUGCUUGUUUUAAUGUGCUGACUCUGGGGAGCUAAAAAAAAAUAUUGACUCUUCAGUCGUGUGCCGUGAGCCAGGGCACAAGCGCCACAUUUAACAGAGGUGCACCAGAAAACAGUGCGCAGGAGAGGAGCAAAUUCAUCCAACUAGACAGCACAUAUAAAGGAUUUCUCUUUCCUUUCUUCUUUUUUUUAAUGUUCAUUUUUCUGUCUUUUUUUCCUCGGGACUGACUCCCAUUUCCUGUAAAGAAAAAGAAGCCGUAGAGCCACAAAGCAAAUACAAUAAAGCAAGCCGGGCGACAAGAACCAAAUCACGUCAACAAGAUGUUUGAAAUCAGCCGAACACUGAACGCUGCUUUGUUGAGCAAUGAGGGAUCGACAGAGACUCAGUGGCGUCAGGCAGACCUGCCGCAGCUCCAGGGCUGGGCUGAGAAGGGACUGCUGACACAGCCAAAGAUGAUAAUCAGCAACAUGGAGCCUCAGGUGACGAAUGGGCCAAACUCCACCACGGCCAACGGGCCCUCCAGCAACAGCCGCAGCUGCCCCUCGCCCAUGCAGACCGGUGGCUCUAAUGACGACAGCAAGACCAACCUCAUCGUCAACUACUUACCCCAGAACAUGACCCAGGAAGAGUUCCGCAGCCUCUUUGGCAGCAUUGGCGAGAUUGAGUCCUGCAAGCUGGUUCGAGACAAAAUUACAGGGCAGAGUCUUGGCUAUGGUUUUGUCAACUAUAUUGACCCAAAAGAUGCAGAGAAAGCCAUCAACACGUUAAAUGGACUCAGACUUCAGACCAAAACUAUUAAGGUGUCAUAUGCACGGCCCAGUUCAGCUUCUAUUCGUGACGCUAACCUAUACGUGAGUGGGCUGCCCAAGACCAUGACCCAGAAGGAGCUGGAACAGCUCUUCUCUCAGUACGGACGGAUAAUCACCUCCCGCAUUCUCGUCGAUCAGGUCACAGGCCCCACAGGUGGCUCGCGAGGUGUGGGCUUCAUUCGCUUUGAUAAGAGGAUAGAAGCUGAGGAAGCCAUCAAGGGUCUGAAUGGACAGAAGCCCUCCGGAGCUGCUGAGCCAAUCACGGUGAAGUUUGCCAACAACCCCAGCCAGAAGACCAGUCAGGCACUACUGUCGCAGCUGUACCAGUCCCCCAACCGACGCUACCCUGGACCCCUCCACCACCAAGCGCAGCGGUUCAGGCUGGACAAUUUGCUUAAUAUGGCCUAUGGCGUUAAGAGGUUCUCUCCCAUCACUAUUGACAGCAUGACCAGUCUAGUAGGGAUGAAUAUCCCAGGUCACACAGGAACGGGCUGGUGUAUCUUCGUCUACAACCUGUCGCCAGACUCAGACGAGAGUGUUCUGUGGCAGCUCUUCGGACCAUUCGGCGCCGUCAACAACGUCAAGGUGAUCCGCGACUUCAACACCAACAAGUGCAAGGGGUUCGGUUUCGUCACCAUGACGAACUACGACGAAGCGGCCAUGGCCAUCGCCAGUCUGAAUGGGUAUCGGUUGGGUGACCGAGUCUUGCAGGUGUCUUUCAAGACCAACAAGACCCACAAGUCCUGAACUCCCUUCCUAUCACUUGCGUAGCUCCUAACAGCUCCUCUAUUACUAAAACCCACCGCUGCCCACUCAGCUACUCAAAACAGGAACGCACCCAAUCAACAAACCCACAAAAAAGAACUGGAUAUGGCUUAUAAUAUAACUUUGGACCUAUAAGCCAAUGCUGCCUAAGUAUUACAAAAUGACAAAUUGAGAAUAUUCAUUAUUUGGAGACCCUGGAAGUGGUACAGGGAUUCUGUUAUAUAUCUUCUGAGUUCUUGUGGUUGUUUUCUUUUCUUUUUUUCUUUUUUUUUUCUCUGUAAACAGUAGCAAAACCAGACCGCCCUUAUUUUGAAGGAGAAAAUGUCCUUCUUUAGAUCAAACUCUCUUGGUCUCGAUUCAGGAUUUAUUCUUUCUUUCUUAAAUCCGGAUCCACUGUCGUUAGAAUAACACCUCCCUGGUAAGAGAACGGGAGGGGGCUCUUUUUAAAAAUCAGUGAUCAUUCAUUCAUUUGUUUUGAUGUAAAUUGUUAGAAAUCCCCCAAAUUAUUUGACAGGGAUGACGCCAUCCCUUUUCUCUAAUGCAGAAGAUGUUUCUAGCAUAGUUUUGGUUUUGUACUACAAGCAAAACACAUGUCUGUCCUCACGGGGGAUAAGGGGGAGGGGAGAGGGAAGGGAUGGGUAAGCACUCCUGAUGACACGUUACGUACAACAAAAAACCUACACACACACUGUUGCCAAAGAGAAAAUCUCUUUGCUUGAAAAUGCGUUUAGAAAAAAUGAAAAAAUAAAGAGAAAGAAGAUCUAUUUUUAUAACUAAUGAUUCAAAUAAUUAUUGAAGAAUUUUUACAAGAAUCUGGAUUUGAAAAAAGAGAAAAAUAUUUUGACUGGCUAAUUAGGGAUAGGGGAGGGGUCAGGUGCCACCUUGUCUUGUUCGUUCUGCCGUGGUACUUUUUAGGAUCAAAGGUUGUUUGUUUUUCGGGGAGAACCGGAUUGGAAAUGGUUUUGUAGAUUAAAGAAUUUAUCAAGGGAUGCAAAUUCAGGCUGGUAAUUUUUCAUAGCAGUAAUUACUCCACAGCGAUACCCAAUAGGAGAGGGAUUCUUCCCAGGCCGAUCACAUCUUCACAGUCAAGAGCCCAAAGCAAGGCCACUCAUCAUCCACUCAUUUUAUUUAGACCAUCAGUCUUUGGGAUAUAAGUAAUAAAGACAUAUGUAUACACACACACUUAUCCAUUGGGAAAGCAUACAUGAUUGCGUUUCGUUUGCUCUAAUUUUGUGAUAUUGCAUUUGAGAUGUACUUCCUUUAGCGAUCAACAGUAGGUGCUAUAUUACAUGGUUCACAUAUCUUAAAUAUCCAACUUUGUUGUUCUUCGUGUUGUUUAGAGAGAAAAAAAAGAAAAUUUUGAUGUUGGCAUUAUAUUAAGCUGCUGUUUUAUCUUUUUUGUUUUGUUGUUGUUUACUUUGAUUGUCGGCCCCCAUCUGGUCCCCCAGAUAAACAAAUUUGGGCCUUGUAGAAUCACUUGACGAGUUUUCUUUGGCUUGCUUACUUCUAGGUUAUUUGCUGAGUGUACAGCAUUUGUCGAAAUUCAGCGAUAAUUAGCUAGUUUUGUUAGUCUAGUAUUCGUUUCCUCAAAGGAUCUAUUACAACUGUGUCUUUCUUUGUUGUGUACAAAUAGAUGAUAUAUAGUCAACAUUUUUUGUUCCGAUAUCUAUAUCUAUCUGAGUUGUCCUGCUUUUUGUUUGGGAUUGUCUUUUUUCAUAUGAAAACUUUAUGAAGUGAUGGUUCAGUUACUUAGAAAACUCGUGAGGAAUCCUGUUUAAUAUGUUGUCAUGUCGCUUGUGAAGAUAAAGAAAAAAAAUCAAGAAAAAAAAAUAAUUGAAAAUUUGGAUCGAUUUAUUUGAUUUACCGCCGCAGCAAAAGAAAUCGAACAAAAAGCUUCUUGAGAAAAUCUGUAUUUAUUUAUUGAUUGAUUGAUUGUUUCAUUGAUUAAAUUAUUUAUUUAUCUCGAUUAUUUAUUUAUUCGUUCGUUUCUUAUGUUGUCUGUGUUUUUGCGUGAUUCUGGUACAGGGAUGGGGGGUCUUUCUGAGCUAAAGGGAACAAAUGACUAGGGGAGACGCUCUUCCAUUAGUCCUGUGCACUGAGAAAUUUUAGUACGUUUGUGCUUUGUACCAAUAUAUCAAAAUUACAAUAUAAAAAAAUUUAAAAGUCAAAAACGAAAAAAAUGUCAAGAGGGUUGGUGAGGCUCUUCCCUUAUUAAUAGAAACAGUUACUCGCUAUGCAUAACCUAGCCGAUAGUUCAAUUUGCUAUUGCUUUUUUCUUGUCUUGUUAAACAUAAAUCUUUAAAUCUUUUUCAAUAAAGUUUAGUCUUAAUAGAAUGUUAUAACAGUUGUUCUGGUUCAAUAUAACCUGUGAUAAGUUUGUGUAGUUUAAAAGCCACUUCCCGUCCUCCCUCCACACACUACCGUUGCUUUGUGAUUAAACUUUAUGCAAAAAUGUGGGUCUGAAAUGUAGUUUCUCAUGGAUCUCUACCACAUUAAUGUCAGGCUUUGCAGCCCUAAUUUGAUCAAUAUGUGUCCGUAUUGUUUUAGUAUUAUUCAUUGCAUUUGAAAUGUAACCUUCAUGUAAAUGACUUCUGCCAUACUCCAAAAAAAAGUUGUUGACUCUGAUUGUACUGGUUGAAGAAAAAAGAAAUAGCUACAGAAGAUACUAUUUGAUAGAUGACACCUGUUAUAUAUUUUCUAAGAUAUAGUCUAUUUUAAGAGGUAAAUUUCCUGAAUGGAGAGCUCAGCUCAUGUUGAGAUAAGACCGGUGUGAAAGCUGGAGAACUAAAGAAAAUCACGCAGAUACUGUAUGUUCAUGAACAGUCUUACAUUCCUCCACCUCCUCAACAACACCUAUAAUGUCAUCCAUCCUUCCACUGCUCCGUCUCUAGGGGCGGCGGCACAGCCCUUCUCAAACCCCGCUGCGGCUGGGAGUUUGAAUUAUGCAAUGACCCCAGUAGAAUGUUGUUCUAAUGAACAAAUUUCCUACAUUAUGUCCUCCUCUUUUGGUUAAUGGCAUCACCCUCUGCGUGUCUGAGCACCAAUGGCUGUAAGGGAACAAGUUUAGGAUGCGUCUGUCUGUGCGUGUGUGUGUGCGUGUGUGUGUGUGUGUGCAUGCGAGUGUUUGAGAGAGUUUGUGGGGGUAUUUGAAACAUGGGUCCAUGCCUUUACAGUGUGUGCCCAAAUUGCAGCGUCUCUCCCCCUGUAGCGCCUUAUAGUGGUAGCCUGCCAAUAGGAACCCAUAAGCCAGUAGUGUAGGAGGGAAGGCAAAGUGAGGAACAAGGCUCUUGUCAUAAUUUAUUUUCUCCUGAAAUGUGUUUGUUUACUAUCUGAAAAAUCUAUAAAUCUUUUAAGACAAAAAAGAUGAAAAAAAAAAAAAUUCACCGGACCAAGCUGGUCUCUCCUACUUACGUUAUUACUUAUCUAUCGAUUAUUGAUUAUUGUUACUAUGAUUAAUAUUAUUCUCAUUAUCCUUAUUCUUAUUACCAAUCAAAUUACUGCGAUGAAUGACUUCAUGUUAUCCUUGCUAGUUUAGGUCAUUUCUGAAACUGGAAACAAAAUAUGGAAAAAAAGUACUUGCUGUAAAUGUUUUUUUCUUUUUCAUAAAACUGUUGUGUUUGAAUUAUUUGUACUUUUGAAUGUUGGGACAAUAAAAUAAGAUGUGGAAAGUU